AUGAGACAGUUGUUCUACGAUCUGCAAAACAGGGGCUGGAAAAAAGUCUCAUUAUGUUGCUCCCACAUCAUCUUUGGCGCUUUUCUGAGUGAAACUUUUUUCGUUUUCAAGAACUUCCCGUAUAUCUCGACGCCCGAAUGGAUCACAAGAGCGCUUUAUUAUCUGUGCGUUCUGGUCACGUUGGCCUUGAGCAACGUCGUUUUUCAUCGGCGAUGUAAGGGCGAGUUCAUAAACAUAAAACCUUUGUGCCUGCACCUUUCUCAACAGCUAUCGACGUUUAUUAUUUUCGUCGUUUUCACCGCUGCGGAUUUGCUUCUUUUCAGCAUCCGCGCUGUAUUAUUCCACCGGUGGUGGCUAGAAGGAAGCCGAGAAGAAAGCGUCAACCCUGUCAUCGCGCUCUCAGAGGACAUUGCCAUGUGUUGUUUUUGCUCAGUGCACCUGCUUCUUCUUAUCGCCUCCGUCUUUGUCAUUUUCGAAUGGCAUAAUAUUAAUAUGGACAGGAUUAGCGAACAAACACUUCACAAACUUAAGAUAACGGAUAUUGAUUUGGAGAUUGCGCAUGCUAAGGGAACCCACCUCGUUCGCCAUACUUUUGGCUUCAUCAACCUUUUGUACGUCAUCGAUAUUAUCAUCUGGAUCUUGGAGAGUGCUGGAAACCCGAAUCCUUUGAGCAUCUUUCUGGCUUCGAUAUUCACCUUUUCAUUUGUUCUUGGUUGGGUUCAUCUGGCGAUUAGGGAUGUUCACACCAUUUUAUGGAGAAUAACAACGGUGACUGCCGCUGUUUUAAUUCACUUACAAGCAAUUGAAGAUAUUGGCUCCCCAAUUCUUGGCGCUUAG